AUGAAGCGACCUCGCCGGGCUCUCAUUACUGGUAUUACAGGGCAAGACGGAUCGUAUCUCAGCGAGCUCUUACUCCAAAAAGGAUAUGAAGUCCACGGGCUCAUUCGUCGCAGCAGCACCGUCAACACUGCGCGACUCGACAAAGUAGUAGACAAGGUCCAGCUACACUUUGGCGACAUCGUGGACUCAACUUCCCUCUUCAGCAUCAUAUCUCGUGUGCAGCCCGAUGAGGUGUACAACCUUGCUGCCCAGAGUCAUGUGAAAGUCUCCUUCGAAAUGCCCAUUCACACCACGGAUUCCACGGGGGUGGGGGUUCUGCGUUUGCUGGAGGCCAUUAGGGCAGCAGGUCUCGAGCGCACGACACGCGUGUUUCAAGCCUCCUCUUCAGAGAUGUUUGGAUCGAGCGACGCAGAGCUGCAGAACGAAGGAACUCCAUUCAAACCGUGUUCACCCUACGGUAUCUCCAAGUUAUACAGCCACUUCACAAUGCAGACGUAUCGCUCAGCCUAUAACAUGUUCUGCGUUAGCGGCAUCCUGUUUAAUCACGAGAGUCCCAGGAGAGGAACUAACUUUGUCUCUCGGAAGAUCACGAUGGGCAUCGCGAGAAUCCUAAAGGGAGAGCUUAACUGCCUCGAACUCGGCAAUCUUGACGCUCGCAGGGACUGGGGCCACUCGCGAGACUACGUGAAGAGCAUGUGGCUUAUGCUGCAGCAGGACGUUCCUAGAGACUUCGUAGUAGCUACGGGGAAGCAGUUCUCUGUCCGAGACUUUUGCCAGCUUGCCUUCGCCAUGGCGGGUCUGCCCAUUGAGUGGAAAGGGCAAGGCUUAGAGGAGGUCGGGGUCUGCGGGGAUCGGGUCUUAGUGCGGGUAACGACGGAGCAUUUUCGUCCGACUGAAGUAAAUGCGCUUCGGGGAGAUGCUUCAAAGAUUUCUGCGGAGCUCGACUGGCACCCAGAAGUAACCUUCCUUGAGCUCGUGUUUGAGAUGCUGCAAAGCGACAUGCGGCACGCUGGGCUAAUCCCCCCAUCCACAUCUGAGUGCAAUACGCGUAUCGCCACCUGUAGGGCUGUGUUACAGGUUUCGAGCUUUUUUCCACUGGGCAAUCACGGAACGUUCGGGAGUCCUUGUCUUGGAGUGGAGGCACCGCCUCGCCAACACACAGCCUCCCGGCCAGAGUCAGUAAAAAGUUACAAGCUUAUGAAAUGUACCAACAAAUGGUAUGUGUUUCCUACUGGUUAUGGUUCAACGCAAUAUCGUGGCGGCUGCGCUGACCACGUCCCCUGUUGCGCGAAAUGCAUCGAAAGCUGUCGGCGAGGAGCUGCUGCAGCGCGAGGACCCUUUGUUGCUGCAGCGGAUCAGUCACAUCAGAAGGCAGCAGGCGGUGCCCCUGCUUUUUAG